AUGCUUCCGCGUUUAACACAACUCACUCGUACAGCUACUAGAACAAACCUUUUUCGAAGCUUACCCGUCUUAUCCCAGGGUUUUCCAAUAACUUCUAGGGAGCGCUUAGUUCGAUACCAACAUGUAAAACCACCGCCAAAGCUUAAUCCAGAUCCUCAAAUUGGCGAUUACCCAAAUUUGCCCAUUGAAUUUAAACAAGACAGACCACCUCUUGGGUGGGAUGAUCUACAAAAUAGGAGAAAUUUUGGUGAACCGAUUCAUGAGGAAGAAGAAAUCUUAAAUAUAUGGACGUUUGAUAGAUAUGAUAUUAAUUUAGGUGAUGCUGCGGUGCAGCUCUUAGCUUUCUUUGCUCUUGUUGGAGUUUACAUGUUUGCGAUUAAACAAACCGAUUACGAACCACCUGCGAUAAAGAAACAAUAUCCAUAUGAUGGUUUACGUGCUGAAAUGGGUGGUGAUUCUGUUAAUUCUGUUGAUUAA